AUGCGAAGCUAUUCCACAAAAAGUGUAGGACCGGCUGCCAGCGUUGCCGAGUCCGUCGAGUCAAGUCACAUUUUGAUCAAGGAGGUUCUAAUAUCGAUUCAGUGUGAUGAGGCCAAGCCAACCUGUAACAACUGCACGCGACUUGACUUGGAGUGCGGCUAUGGACCUCUUGCCAUAGUUGCAAGCAACCUUGUAUCGAGUUCAACAUCAACUACUCCAGGAGUUGGUGAGAGUCUUGUUGACGUAGAGGGCGUGCCCCCUCUCCCGGAAACAGAGGCUCGACGGAAACUUGAGCUCGAGCUGUUCUAUCACUACUUUACAGAGACUGCCCCAACUCUUGGCGGAGACAAGUUCGCCCAAAGCUUCAUGGGCCCAGUCAUUUGCCGCGCGGCAUUGCAAUCAGAUGCCGUGAUGCAUGGAGUCUGCAUGCUUUCGGCACUUCACAAGGCGUACAAAUCCAAUUUCACUGAUCCGCAGCACAUGAAGGAUUGUUCCACGUAUCUCAAUCUAACGCUUCAAUCGCAUCACAACCACGUGUUGCAUCUCGACGCCGAUAAUGUGGAUUUCUCAUGUCUGGCAUCUACUUCACUUCGGGUGUAUGGAUACGUUCGACUGCAACGUCGGCCGUUGGUACCAUAUACUCCCCCUAUUGAGUGGCUACGCAUGUCCAACACCAGCAAUAUUGUGUUUCGUCAGGCACUGGCCUUGAUUGAGAAGAACCCUGACUCUCUUAGUGGCAACCUGAUGCUGGAAAUAUGUCAGCAAUUGGAUGAAAAGCAGAGGAUGCAAGACACAAACGAACUGCUUUACCUAUUGCGACGCCAGGAAUCUCACGAGCUAGAAGAGGAAUGGGAUGAUGAAGUCUAUUACGUCUACAAGCGCACCCUGAGUUGCCUAGGCUGUAUCUGGAAGCACAGAUUCGACCAUCAUCCACCCCCUGGCCUCUCUCGAAGGCUCAUUCUCUUUCCCAUGAUUGUGGACGCUCAGUUUGUGAGCUAUGUGGCGCAGAAGCGACCGCGAGCACUGAUAAUCAUGGCUCAUUACUUCACGCUCUUGGCUCUUCACCGCAGCCUUUGGUAUAUCGGAGAUACCGGACUACGUGAAGCCAGGGCCAUUGCGACUGAGUUGCCGCUGGAGUGGCAGGGCAUGUUGAUUCAGCCACUGGAGAUAUUAAAAGAUCCGUCAUUAUUAUGCGAUGUUUCCCAAGAGAGGAAUUGA